AUGUUAUUUUUUUCAAAUUCAUUAACCAUCAAAUUGGUAAAAAGACAAACUGAUUUAUCUGAUCAACUUUCUCAAGAUUUAUCUCAACUUGAUCCUACAAGUUCGACUAUACCUAAUCCUCCUAGUUCAUCAGUCAGUAAUACUCUUACUACCAAUACCAAAGUACCUAUCUAUGAUAUCUGUUCUAUGCCACAAUCAUUUGCAUUAACUUUUGAUGAUGGUCCAAGUGAAUUUAGUGCUGGAUUAGAUACGCUUUUGAAUUCGAAUGGAGCUAAAGCUAGUUUCUUUGUCAAUGGUAAUAAUGUGGGUUGUAUAUACGAUUAUGCACCGGUUUUGAUUGCUAGGUUUAAUGCUGGUCAUUUGAUCGGGAGUCAUACUUGGAGUCAUAUUCAUUUAAAUUCGGCUACUUAUGAAGAGAUUAAUCAACAACUUGAUUUACUUGAACAAGCUUUGAUUAAGAUCUUGGGUGUAAAACCUCGUUGGUUUAGACCUCCUUAUGGAGAAUACAACGAUUUAGUAUUACAAGUUUUAGCAGAAAGAGGUUAUAAAGGAUUAGUUCUAUGGACUCAUGCAACAGGUGAUGCGAAUUCCAAUCCACCUAGUCCUGAUUCCAUCGUUCAAUUCUAUCAAUCUUAUGGUGAAAAAAGUAAUAUUUUAAACCAUGAGAUUACUUCUUCUACUCCUCAAACUGUUAUACCUGCUGUUUUACCUCAACUUGGAGAGAAGUUUAAAUUGGUUACAGCUCCAAGUUGUUUAAACCUUUCAAAUGAUCCAAAAGAUUGGUAUCAAUUUGUUGGUACACCUUCAACUAAAGAUGCAUCUUGGACUUGUAGUGGUACACCUUCAGGAUAA